GGAGAACAAACGUCUCGCUGAGAGCGGUUUCUUAUCUCGAAUGAUUGCAGAAAUAAUUGAAACGAUGCAAUUCUGCUACGACGGACAGAUUGUUGAUGCACGUACAUAUUAACCUACUUGUCCUGCAAUGCUGAUAGCAUAAUUUACUUAAUAAGCUCAUCAAGUAACUGUCUUAUGCCAUGAAGUAUGGAUUAUUAGUUUUAAGUGAUUGCUGCUAGCUCAAGAACCAAGGGAGGAAAUUGAGAUUAUAAGGGUCUAGAUCAGAUGGGCGACUAAAGUUGAUGCAUUAUGCUUAAGUGACCUUUUCGACUCCGAGGACAGUAUGGUUCCAUACUCGGGAAAAGAAACCUUUAAGAUGAGAAAGUUUUCAUUUCUGGAUGAACCUAGUAGCAAGGACAAACAGAGGCCACCGAUCUACAACCCGGAAGACUACGCAACUCUUCUGAGAAAAUGGGGCAAGAAGACAGCUACUGGCCUCCUGUCGUUGUACUCCAAUUCGAGUACACCAGACCUGGACUGCACGAAGACCAAGAUCUCCAUCAAAGACUACAGGAAUCCAAUGCUGACUGGAUCAGAAAUGACCCUCAGGCAGUUUGGCAGUGUUUCUGAGCUCUUGGCAAAGCUGAAGUCUGACCUCAAGAUGGCGUAUCCAAGCUUCGUCCAAGAGUUCGUAGGCGACCCACUGGACGGCGUGACGCUUUUACUGGAUCUCCUUAGAGCCAUCCAGCUCAGCCAAUCUGCCUCUCCGGUGGACCAAUCAAACGCUAUGAGCGCUGCAUCGAUGCCCACCAAAGUACCACCAGCAUUGCAGCGUCGCGCGCUUCUGGACGAGCUAGCCUGCCUGCAGUGCCUCCAUGCCUGCUGCACCAGGUACUCGGAGGCUGUGAGGAAGUUGACCACCACUUCUGCAGGGCUGUUCACUUUGGCCAUUUGUAUUAUGAGUAAUGUGAACAAGUCUAGAACUCUCGCUUUACAGCUGCUGAAGAUGGCCUGUGAACCUCCAACAAAUGGCCACACAGCAGUCUCAGAAGCAAUGUCUACAUUGAGGUUACGCUUCGGUGAACCCGUUAGAUUUCGCUUCCUUGCUGGCAUGUUAACUUCAGGAUGCGGUCAAAAAGACCUUGUUCUUGCUGGAUUACAGUUUCUAAACGCGUUCCUGAAUUCAGCGGGUUCCAAGCAGAAGAGGCUUUACAUACAGUCGGAAUUGGAGCAAGCCGGGUUUGACAUACUCGUAAUUAAGAAGAACCUUGCUCGAAACAUUAUGCAAGAUGGAAGUCUUAAGGAAGAGAUCAAGAAAUGGGAGGAUAGAAAUAUAGAUGUAGAGGCGAUUUACGAUAAGCUGCAUAAGUCUGAGAAAGAGAGUGAGAGGCUGAAAAUGAAAGUUAUCCACCUGGAACAGAAAGUCAAGUUUCUACAAGAAGAAAAGCUUGCAUUGCAGAAUUCUAAACAGACGCUCAAGGAUAGAUGCAGCGAUUUGCAGAUUGAGGUUCAAUCAUUAAAGUCUGAUAAGUCACACAAAAAGUCUACCUGCUCCUCUAAGCUGAAAGAUGACUCAACUCCAGAUGAUGAAGGCAUAUCAUCUUCAGAACGUAGUCUCACUCCUGAAGGGGAACGGGGUCAGCAUUCAAUCUACACGUCAACCUUCAUACCUGGAAACGUAGUACCCAGCGUCGUAUCAAGAAAAUCAGAUGACGAGGAGGAAACAACCAUUGACGAGGUCAUCGAAGAACUCAGAAAUAUAGUCAAUGACGCAGAAACAGCGUCUUAUAAUGAAGAACAGGCGAAAAUACUUGAAGAGCGGAAACGUACUGAAGAAGCUCAAGUGGCAGGAAAGCUGCUCUCUAGUAUGGAAAUAGACGACAGUCUGGUUUUGACAGAAUGUGAGAUUGUGCCCUCCAAUCUGCACCCACAACCUCCAAGAAAAGCCAAGAGCCUUAUGCAGCUCUUCAGUCCUAUGGACGACUUUGAGUAUUGCCACAAAGAGUUGUUUUGUGAAAAUGAUACGUCGUACACCACAGAUGAAGCAUCUGAUUCUAUGCUCAGCCUCACACGGUAUAUACAUCCUCCAUUAGCAGAAAGAAAUUAUAUUGCAUCCCCAGAAGUAGCAAGAACCAAAGUGAGGAGCAGUAUCAAACGCUCCGAGUCAUUCAAGCAAGUCACAAGAACCACAAGUACACGAAUCUCAUGUGACGUCUACAACUUCAGCACUUUAAUUGCAAAACAUAAGGAAACAUCACAGAUACCUGAAGACUAUGUCCCUGGGAAGUACAAGUGUAAAAGUUUGGAUAGGAUCGAUGACGGACUUGAAGCAUUAGUAGACAUUGUAGUUACUAAGGAGGAAGCGCAGAGGUCUCGCCAAAAAUCUUCCGCACAUCGAUCAAAAAGUGACUCCGGGAACGCUUCCGGUACCUCGCUAUGUAGAAGCAUCUCUAACGUUCUUGUAAGUCCAAGAGUAGAACAUGUCUCGAAGUUGAGCACUCAUUCUGAAGAGAAGCAAAAGAUGUUCCUUCCAAUGAAGAACGAUCAAUACGAGGUGCCGUACUAUUUUCCUAGGAUCCAAGAGAAGAAAACUAGCUCAGCUUCGUCCGGAUUUCUGAUCAAGAGAGGUCAUGGGAAUGCCGGGUUGUAUUCAGGGCAAACUUUGCUGGACAGCCGCUUGUUUCUGACUAAGGAGAGGGAAGUGCUAACGCUGAGUGGGAAGAUUAACGGGAAGCUGUCAGACUUUCCAUCGGGACUGUACUAAAAUAUAAUUUGUGAAAAGGGAUCUCAGUAUUUUGACAGAAAUGUCUAGAAAAUAAGGAUCGAUUCUCUAAAGCAAGUGUUCUUUUGAUUCAAACACCUGGGGUCAAGCGAAACUGAAUAUACUGGGUGACGGAGGUCUGUGCCCUACGCAGUCAUGUCCGAGAUGAACUAGAGGAAAUACGAAUACUGAGAGAAUGGUGGCUAGUUUAAAAUGUUAUUAUAUCAUUUCAUUGCCACUCACCUCCCAGCAUCGAAAUUCACGUCUAAUUCAAGUAUGCUAUAACUACAUCUUGCAGCGAAUCUGCGUCACCCUGAGUCUUAAUUUUCACUCCUCUUUAAUGUUGUAUCUAGAUACCUAUAGAAUACCAAGGAAUGCAGGUUUUAAAGUUACAACGAAAAUAUUUAUUGAGUGUAUUUUUUUCCUUAACGAUAUUGAUAUAUAGGUUACUUCAAUGUAAAUAGUUAUUGUGUAAACUUCAAACUGUGCAAUAAACCUCUAAUUCCAAAUUGUAGGUAUUAGCUUGCUUUAGCUGUUCUUUAUUCAUAAGAAUAGAUUGUAAAGCAGCAAUUGUGAAGUACAAAGUGUAUUGUUUCUAUGGCAAUCGGUUGCGAACCAAAUGCUGCCGUUCCAAGAGAUCACGUUUUGAGCGUUUGGAGUAGUUACGCAAAUUCAUUCAGUGGAAAUAUUUUAGGUCAAAGCAUAUUUUUAUCCAAAUACAUUCAUUUGGGGUAGGCAACUGUUGCUUUAAUGUGUCACGCCUAUGAAGGCAGGUUUUUUAGCAGCUAACAAGAACAUCGAACUAUAAGUGAACUGUACCUAUCAAUGCUAUAAUAGCCAACACUUCACGAUCUUUCUUAGCGUUUCUGCUCAAAACGCGAAAUUUUCACACUUCUUGCUGGAACGCAGAUUCAGUGACAUUUGGCGUUUGAAGCAACUCGAUUAUUAUUAUGAUUAACACUUAUAGACUUAACCGAUAUCGAUCUCUCUCAUUCUACAUUUCUAAGUAAUUUUAUCGGUGUAUUGAUAAUUCCAGUAUGUGGUUGUUAUAUUCAUUGAGAUCAUAUGUAGAUAAAAUUCAUUUAUACUGUAUAUUUCACAAAUAAAUCUCUUUAACUAAAACUAA